UUAGACUGAAAGUGGAUCACCGGAGGAGAUGGGGAAACUACUCUUUCUUAUGCUCAACUUUGCCCUCUUGUGGUGGUGGAGCUCAAUCCCUCACCUUGGCGCUUGCUCGCAAGACCAAACGGAUCGGCUUGCGUUAGCAUCCUUCAGAAAUGCUAUAGACGAAGAUCCAUUUAGAGUCUUGAGCUCUUGGAAUGAUUCUAUCAAUCAUUGUGAGUGGCAAGGUGUUUUGUGCAGCAAAAGGCAUCCCGGGAGGGUCAUGUCCUUGAUCUUGAGAUCACAAGGCUUGGGAGGCUUCUUAUCUCCUCACAUAGGUAACCUCUCUUUCCUCAAGAUCAUGGUUUUACAAAACAAUAGCUUUGGCGGUGAAAUCCCAUCACAGAUCGGCAACUUGUUUCGGCUCCGCAAUCUUGACCUUAGUAACAACUCUUUUGGUGGGUCAAUACCCUCCAAUCUUUCCUGCUGCUCAAACCUCGAGUCCUUGAAUCUUGUAGAUAACCGACUUGUGGGGGGAAUUUAUUCCAAUCUUGGUUCUUUACCAAGGCUUAAAUUCUUGCGCUUGUCUAAGAACAAUCUUGUAGGUCCUAUUCCUCCUUUGAUUGGAAACCUCUCGCUGCUACAACACCUCUCUUUGGCAGAAAAUGCGUUUCAAGGAGAAAUACCUGAGGAACUGUCCAGACUUGAGAGGUUGAUAUAUUUUCAACUAUCAUCGAACAAAUUAACCGGCGAGAUUCCACUAGGGAUUUUUAACAUCUCUAGCAUUAAUUACUUCUAUGUUGGUUGGAACCAGUUGCGGGGAAGCUUUCCUUCUGAUAUUGGCACCACUCUUCCUUCUCUUUAUUACCUUGGAGGGCUCAAUAACAUGUUCACCGGGAUAAUUCCGUCAUCUUUGACGAAUACCACCAGUCUUCAGGGACUUUACCUUGCUAACAAUAAUUUCCGUGGGCCAAUACCGAAAAAUCUGGGAAGGCUAAAGGGCCUUUACGUGAUUGCAUUGGGUUUAAACCAGUUGCAGGAUGACUUGAGUUUUAUUUCUUCUUUAGCUAAUUGUUCCAACUUAGAAAUUCUCUCGGUGGAAGAGAACUCGAUUCACGGAUCAUUGCCAACAUCCAUCUCCAAUCUCUCCACCAGCAUUAAGCAAAUUUCAAUGUCAAACAAUCUGAUCCAUGGAACUAUUCCUUCAGCCUUUGGAAAUCUCUUCAACUUGUCGUAUUUGAGUUUAAAGAAUAAUUCUCUGACCGAUAGCCUUCCUGAUUCUAUUGGAGCACUUUACAACUUGCGGGUACUUUUUUUGAGCAGAAACAUGUUUACUGGAGAGAUACCGCCUUCGAUUGGUAAUAUGACAUCUUUAAAUAGGCUUUUCCUUCAAGACAACAAUUUCCAAGGCUCAAUACCGCAAAGUCUUGGCAAUUGCACGCAACUAAUCGAGCUAGAGCUUUCAAACAACAAUCUAAGUGGCUCAAUUCCAGUCGAAAUUGUGAGCCUUUAUUCCUUGUCAAUCCUCUUCAGUUUAGCGCAUAAUAAUCUUAGUGGAUCUCUUCCAUAUCAAGUUGGGUCUUUAAGGAGUCUCGAAGAAUUAGAUCUAUCUUACAAUAGAUUGACCAGCUUAAUUCCAGCCUCCAUCAGUGGAUGCUUGAGAUUGGCACGGCUUCGCUUAGAAGCUAAUUCUUUUCAUGGUCAAAUCCCUCAAGUUUUAAGUCCAUUACGACGCCUAGAAGUGCUGGAUCUUUCAAAUAACAAUUUUUCUGGUCCAAUCCCGAGCUUUCUUACAGAGUUCUUAUUGCUUAAAUACUUCAUUAUGUCAUUCAAUGAACUAGAAGGACAAGUUCCGGAGAGCGGAGUUUUUCUCAAUGCAAGUGUUGUAUCAGUUUCUGGAAAUAGGGAACUUUGCGGAGGUGUUCCAACUCUGAAGCUUCCUCUUUGUAAAUUACCAAGCUCUAGCAAGUCUUCUACAAUCAAGGCCAUAACAACAUCCGUGGUCGCUAUCAGCUUGUUAUGUUUAGCUUUGUUGUUCCUGUCUAUUUUCUGUUACUGCAAAAAGAAGCAGACAAGAACCACUGCUUGGAUGUCAUCAUCUUUCAAGAACCAAUUCAUGAGGAUUUCUUAUGAUGAACUCCUGAGAGCUACUAAUAGAUUCUCAGAGACCAAUUUAAUUGGUAAAGGGAGAUAUGGCACAGUUUAUAUGGGGAUUCUUGAGGGCAUUGCCAUUGUGGCAGUAAAGGUACUCAAUUUAACACAAAGAGGUGCUGCAAGGAGCUUCGUCUCAGAAUGUCGAACUCUAGGAACCAUUAGACACCGAAACCUUGUGAAGAUACUAAGCGUUUGUUCAAGCGUGGACAUUCGUGGCAAUGACUUCAAAGCUCUAAUAUAUGAGUUCAUGGCUAACGGGAGUUUGGAGGAGUGGUUGCACCUUGGGACUAUAGUGCGAGAUGAUGAGCAUGGCAAAUUGAGAAAUCUAAGACUAGUGCAAAGGUUAAACAUUGCCAUCGACAUAGCUAUGGCGAUCGAAUAUCUCCAUAAGGGUUGCUCUCCGGCAAUCGUCCAUGGAGAUUUGAAGCCGAGUAAUGUGCUUUUGGAUGAUGACAUGGUGGCUCGAGUUGGAGAUUUCGGGCUUGCAAAGAUCAUUUCAACGGUGUCAUCCGAAACCACAGGAGUUCAGGACCAGGGUAGUUCAACUUCGACUUUAGUUAGAGGAUCCAUUGGCUAUGUGGCCCCUGAGUAUGGCAUCAGACACCAAGUUUCUACACUUGGGGAUGCAUACAGUUACAGCAUUCUAUUAUUGGAGAUGUUCAUUGGAAAGAGACCCACUAAAGAGGCCUUUGGACUCAAGGCUUUGGAGUGAAGCCGGUGAUCGACAGCAGGGGAUGAGGAUCAAAGAUUGCAUAAUCUCCAUUUUUGAAGUUGGAGUCGCAUGCUCGAUAGAAUCACCACUGGAUCGAAUGGACAUGACUGAGGCGAUUAGGAAAUUAUACUCGAUCAAGGCAAGUUAUGAAAUCAAAGAGAGGACAGGCGACGAAGUCUCAAUGGACAGGCCAGAUAUGGAGGAGGCAUCAUCAGAUCUAGAGACGACUUGUGACCUCAGCAGUGUCGGCAAUUUAAUUGUAGAUGACGAGAGGAGCUCCAUGCGAGGUUUUGAGACCUGCCAAAGGCAUGAACUUCACGUUCAGUCGAGCUCUGCACCCAUAAAGGAGAGAGGGAGAGUGACAGCUGCGAAAGCAGGAACGACAAAACGACAUUGAAGCGAUAGGGGAGAGAGAGCGAACGGAAGAUGUUCCUUUGGAAAGCUGGCAAGAUCGUACUUUGGCCAUAUUGAUAAUAGCUGCCGUGGCUUCCUUGGUACUUCGAAUAAAGACACAGCUAUAAGCGAUUACAGACAGUCCCCUGCAUUUUCAAGACUUAAAUGAGGAGAAAACAGAUAAACGCUUGGAGAGGUGGCAGAAGAAUGGAAGUUUCAAUAUAUGAUGCCAUUGUUGGUGAUGCUGUUCUCCUUAAGAUUGGUGACCAGGCA